GUGAGACAAAAUUUCGUUUUAGGUUAAAAUUAGAACAAGGGCAAAGUUGUCAAAAUUUUAUAAAUUGUGGGCUUUAUGUAGAAAAACGCGGGCGAUGUUUAACAAGUCCCUUUUUUUACUGGUAAUAAAACCUGAUUGACUCAGUACGUGGGAAGUUGGUAACUAUCACAUUGUUAUAUACGGAGUAAAAAAAAAAUACUUCACCCUGGUUUCUCUCACAUCAAACACUUAACAGCGCCACUCUCGCUCUUCCUCCAACUGAUCAUUCAUUCUGUGUUUUCCUCUUUUUCUCAGAAUGUAUGUAAUUUUAUAAUCAAUCACCUUCAAAAUUAUUAAAAUUGUAGGAUUCUCAAUUCUAUCUCCUGAAGAAAAUCAAUGGAAAAAUUGAAAGAAACAAUCUUUAAAAUAGCUAAUUCUAAUCCAAAUACACCCUCUUUAUCUCCUUCCCAAAUUGCCCUCAUUCAACAACUUUUACUUGCUUUCCCUGUUCUUCACACUCCUACUCACCCCACAUAUGCUUCUAUGAUACAAAAUGCAAUUAAGGGGUUGAAUGAGAAAGAGGGAUCAAAUGAGGAGUCAAUUUCGAAAUAUAUUAAGGCAAAUUAUGAUGGUUUACCAUGGGCACAUAGUGCAUAUUUAAGCCAUCAUUUGAAUAAACUUUGUAAGAAUGGUGAAAUUGUGUGUUAUACUUCUUCUACUAGUAAGUGUUACACUACACCAGCAGCGGCCUUAUUCAAAGAUCAUAAUUCGAGGAGACAACUGAUUAAUCAAAAUUUGCCUAGGGAAAGAAAUGAGUUUGUGAUAAAGGGUGAGGAGGGAAAUGCAGGUGGAGAAGAAGUUGUUGAAGUGAGUAAUAAUCUGAUUGGACUUGAAGAGGAUGGUGUGUUGUUUGGGAGGAAUAGGGUGAAUCCUAGGAGGCGGAGUUCAUUUGUUGUUGAAGAAGAUGAUGAAGUUGCAGGAGCUGCAGCUGUUGUAGGACAGCAGAAUAUGGGAAAUAUCAGCAGUAGUCUGACAAUGAUGGAUAUGCAUGAUGAUACUGCUACCAGUGCUGCUGAACUGAUGCUUGAGCCUGAUGAGUGUGUGCAGAAGUCAUCCUUGACCUUAUUUACUUCUGCAGUAUCAAAUGUUCGUGGUGAUGCUGCUGAGCUUGCUGUAAGAGAGUUGGGUUGUAAGGAAAGCGAACUUGUGAUAGUUCCUUAUGAGGGUGAUGCUCUCAUGUCACCAGAAAGAAUGAAUCCUAUGAUUGUCUGUGGUUUGGCACAGGAAGCAUCACCGAAAGAAAAGAAGCAUCAGCCAAAAAGGAAAUCGAAAGCUAGCCAAGAUAAAACAGAAGCCUCUUUGGAAUCAAAUCCAUCUCUCCCAGCUUUCUCUAAACAGCAUCCCCUGAAAAGAAAAUUGAAAGCUAGCCAACAAAAAAUAAAAGUCUAUAUGGAAUCAAUGCCAGCUCACCCAGCUUUACUUGUGGGUCGAAAUCUGCUUGACCAUGACCCAGAACGUGAGCUUUUGUCUCACAGAGGUCUUGAGACCAAGGCAAGUGGGAUGGAGAGUGAAACGGGGCCACCAUGGAUGAUGCCUAUGUUGAAGGGGCAGUACUUCGUCACUUGCUCACUGCAUGCAUAUUCAAAGAGGAGUGAAUGCAACAUGUUCUGUUUAGAUUGCAUGGGAGAUGCCUUUUGUCUCAAUUGUUUGUACUUCCACAAUCAGGAUCAUCGUAUCAUUCAGGUAAGAAGAUCAUCAUACCACAACGUGGUGAGAGUGAAUGAGAUACAAAGCCACCUAGACAUAUCAGGCAUUCAAACAUACGUUAUUAACAGUGCAAAGAUUGUGUUCCUCAAUGCCCGCCCUCAGACAGCUGCAGGCAAGGGUUUCCACACCUGUGAAAUUUGUUGCCGCAGCCUACUUGAUUCCUCCAGAUUUUGUUCUCUUGGUUGCAAGCAUUUUGCAACACUGAUGGAUUCUGAAAAGUUCAAGGAAAGUGAAGAAGCCUGUACAUCAUCAUCUAUGCUCUUAGAUGUUCCCAUUGAACAGUUGGAGAAACAGAAGAAUUUGGACCCUUUGCACCCAAAUGGCCUUGAAGAGCUUAUGCUAGUGGAAGAUGACGAAGAUUUGCCUCUUCGAACAGUGUUAAAGAAGUGCGGCAAGCGAAAAAAGGAUGCAGUGCAAAAACCAACAGAAAAGUCUCCUUUACUGACAGAGAUAUCUUCUGAACCAGAAACUAAUAUGAUUUUCGAAGAAGAGGCCUCCAUGCUUCGCCAAUUUGACAAGAUCAAAAGACAUGAAGAGCAUGAAGUGCCAAAUCUGACAGCAAAUACUCCUUUAGGGAAAGAUGCUUCAUCUGAACCAGUUACCAAUCUGACUGUAGAAGAGACAACCUCCAUGCUUUGCCAAUUUAAUAUCAAAAGUCAGGAGGAAACUGAUAGGCAAACAGUUCAUCUAGAGGUUGAGCCAUCAGGAAUACUUGCAGCUGGACAUACGACAUCAGACAAUCUACAAAGUGAGCAAAAGAAACACCAAGACCAGCCAAUCAGCAAGUCACCUUUAUCAGACCAAUCCUUGCAGAAUCCCGAGCAUGGAAUAGAAGGUCAAGGACAAAAUGAAAAUAAUGUCCAACUUCAGGAUCUAGAAUCACCUGUGGCCACAUUUGAAGAAGAAAAUAUCCCCACAAUCUUUGAUAACUGUGAGCAGGACAUGAAUCAGUUGAUGAGGGAGUUCCAAGGAAGACCACAAAAACAAUUAGAAAUUAGCAAGGAAGAUAAAAUAACCUCAUCAAAUGAGCAUCUUCAGCAGCAGGAAAAACCUUCCGUAGAACUGGAGCAGCAAAAGGAGCAGCAGAAAAGAGAUGUCCGAGGGAGGCCUAAGAAAGAAAAAGGAGACAACGGAGUGGUUGAUUCAUUUAAUUUACAACCUCAGCAGCAAAGCAAACGGAUGAAGAAAGGUGGCCAAGGAAGGCCAAGGAAACAAUUGGAGUCAACUAAAGAAGAUGCAAUAGCUGUGUCGAACUCACUUCUUUGGCAACAAGAAGGGUUCUCUGAGAUAGCAACUGAUCAGCGUUCUCAGCUGCAAAUCAACCAGAAGAAGAAAGGCCAGGGAAGGCCACGAAAGCAAACAGAACCAACCAAGGAAGACAAACUGGAUUCUUUAAACUUGUUUCUCAACUCACAAGAAGGGUCAUGUGAAUUCAAGAUUCCGAAUUCUUUGCAGAAAAAUAAACUUAUAGAAACGGAUGGCUCAGGAAGAUCACUUCAGAUAGAAGGAACCAAUGAAGAUGCAGCAGGUUCUUCAAAUUUGCAUAUCCAUAAACAAGAAGGGUUGUCUGAAAUAGCAACUAAUCAGCAAUCUCAACAACAAACUAAACAACUGAAAAAUGGUGGCCGAGGAAGGCCAAGGAAACAAAUAGAAACAACCAAGGAAGUUGGUGCAGAUUCAUCAAAUUUGCCUCUUCAGCAAAAGGCCGGGUCCUCUGCACCAGAACAACACCAGAUUUCUCUGCUGCAAGUUGGAAUGCGCAAAAAGAAUGGUCGUGGAAGGCCACGAAAACAAAAAGAAGGAACCAAUAACGAUCCGGCAGCUUCAAUAAAUUUGCAUCUUCAAGAAAACAGCCAGCUUAAUAAGGAUGGCCAAGGAAGACCAAUGGUACAAGAUUUAGCAGAUUCAUUAAAUCUGCCUCAUAAGCUGGAGGAAGAGCUAUCAGAUAAAGAAAAGGAAGUGGGUGAUUGUCUCGAUGCCAAAACUGAGAAACUACUAAGUGAAUUUCAUGAGACAGCUGAAACAGGACAAGCAUUGUCACCCAUAGAUGUUAACUUGGAGGACGAAGGUCAGCUUCUUGAUGCAAGUGCACUGACUAACCCCUCAGAUAAUCAGCCUGAUCAUCGGUCAGAAGAUCAACACUACCUGGACAAUAAGGAGAGACAAGGAAAUUUUGAUGGCCUAGCACAGCCUCCUAAAGAAAAGCCAUCAAAGAUUACAGCAAUACAGGUUCCCCUGUCCUCGAAAGAUCAGCUGCGCUCCAGGGUAAAGCGCCAAUGUCAAGAUAGCAGUUGAAGUAGACUUGGUAAAAUUCUUUCUUAAGCAUCUUUAGUAGAAUAAAUUAGCAUAGCUGUUUAUUAGGAGUUAAGUCUAUCAUUUAUUUCUUUUUUGGUGCUUAACUUUACUGCAUUGAGAACAAGAGUAAUUUAUAAGUUUUGUUCGUGGAAGCCAGGAGAGAUAUAAUGUAAUUUUCUUGCUGAACAAUACAAAUACACAAUAAAUUAUUGUGCAACCAUCCUUUCGUUUCACCAAAACAUGUAACUAGCAAGUUAAUUAGAAUGUGCACCUACUAGAGUUAAACAAGAGUCAUGACCAUUUAGCUGGAAAUAAUACUAUGGUAGCUGCAUCUCUUAUCUCA